GUACGCUCAACGUUCUUUAUCCGGGAUCUUUUCUGUGCGUCUCUAUAUUGUCGCUCUAUUUACGAGCGCAACUUAAACGCGUAAUUUAGCGCCAAUAUUUGAAUUGACGUUCUUUUAAGGCAGCUUUUCGAGUAAGAAAUUAAUUAAAGCAGACUUUUUUGUGGUUUAUUUACUGAAAAAGGAAAUUGGUAUAUUUGUGACUAGGUGACAGAUAGGAUUUAUAUGAAUAUAUGUGACAGUAUAGUUAGGUUUUGAAUUAAGUUGACUUUUUGAGCUUUUGAAGUGACUAUAAGAACUGAAAUGGGGCCCGCCAGAAUAGUGUGGAUUGCCAUUUUUAUAUUUUUUAAAGAAACAUACGCGAUAUCUCAAACAAAUGAAUACGAUGGCCCUCAGGCUAAACCGCCCGCCUUCGUUACCCCCGGCCAGACGUAUCGCAUUGCUUCAGGUGCCACAGUCAUUUUACCCUGUCGGAUUACACAACCAGGCAGCUACGUGUUGGCGUGGAAACGAGGUAUUGCAGUUUUGACCGCCGGCCCAGUCAAAGUUUCUCCGGAUCCGAGACUCCGAGUUUUACCUUCGCCGACAAUCGAAUCGCCAGCUCCGAUUAUCGGUGGAGUACCCGAACUGUCUGGGGGUGGCUACAGUUUAGAGCUUAGAGAUGUUAAACCCCAAGAUGCUGGUGAUUAUAUUUGUCAACUCGGUACUAUUGAGCCUAAGGAAAUUGUACAUACCCUUGAAGUUUUAGUUCCAGCUCGUAUACACUUUGUAUCACACGUUGGAACUGUGGAAGUAUCACAAGGGCAAAUGGUGAAAAUGGAGUGUAGAGCUUCGGGUAAUCCAGUACCAAAGGUUUCUUGGACAAGGAAAAAUAAUAAUAUGCCAAGUGGUGAUAAAAGUGUCGAGGGGUUGACAAUGGUGAUACAGCAUGCGGACAGACACUCUGCCGGACAGUACCAAUGCUCAGCUGAUAAUGGGGUUGGUGAGCCUGAUACUAAGCAUAUCACCAUCAAUGUUUUAUACCCGCCGGAAGUAGAGGUGGAAAGGGCCACAGUACACACGGGCAUCGGUCUCGAGGCCCAAUUGGUUUGCAUAGUUUACGCCGAACCGUCCGCACAGGUGUUAUGGUAUAAGGAAACCACUCAGCUGGGCACUACUGAGCAACAUACCACUCAAUCCAGAGGCAAUAGGCACACCCUCACUAUACGCAAUGUAUCGCAAGUUGACAUGGGAAAUUACAGUUGUGUAGCUUCAAACAUCCACGGAAAGUCGCGUGGGCACAUUUUUCUAAGCGGUACAGCCACCACAGCAGUAAUAGACUCACCCACAGUGGGUACAGAGAGGGACAAAUAUACUCUAAGUUGGUCAGUGAACAGCCAUUCCUCUAUAAUCGAAUACAGGUUGUUCUACAGGCAACAGCCCAGGCAUCACCAGGGGCACCACCAGCACCGACAGGAAGAUUCUAAUGAUCUUCGCAAUUAUAAGUUUAACGGAACAAGAAUUGUUGGAUUAAAACCCGAAUGGAUUUCCAUGAAUAUUCCCGGACCUGGUAUUGUAAACCCUAAUUUUCCCCAAGGAGUCCCACCACCAUAUCCAGGCGUCACGAAGCAAAAAAUGUCCUACACCAUCCAGAAUCUUAUGCCAGCGACCACAUACGAAGUGCGAGUACAAGCCAAGAACGACCAAGGCUGGAACAAGUUAUCUCCAGUUUUUCAUUUUUCCACAAGAGUCAAUGAUAUGGAAAACUUGAUUGAACCAUCAGCCCAACCAGCGGUCUACGGAUCCAAUUUGAACCCUCUUGCUUCAUCAAAAGUAUCUCAAAUACGUCCAAAAGCAGUUUUCGGUAUGUUUUGUGUUAUUUUAGGUACCGUUUUUGUUAAUUAAGGCUCGUUUACAACCAAAAACGUAAUAUCGAUGUAAAAAUCCCCCAUCCCCCAUUCCCCUACCACCUGAUCCCUAAAUGGUCAUUUUUUAACCCUUGUGAUAAACUUUUUAACGUUGCUUAGAAAAGUGAGGUUAGGUUAAUGUGACUGCAGGAAAGACUAUAAUUAUAGCAGUGACGUAAUUAUCAUUAUUAUUAUGUGAGUGUUAUAUAAUAAAUGCUACAUUUCGAUGUGUAGUUUUAACUAUUUUGAAUAUUAUAUAGUUCGCUAUUUGUCACUAAAUUAUUUGUACGCACUGGAAUUACAUGCAUACGUACGAGGGAAUGAAUUGAUAUUUUUUUUUAGGGUAAUAUUUAUAUAAAAAUGUCAUGAAAGCAAUUUUUUUUCAAAGUAUUAGUCUAGCAAGAAAUUAACUUAUUUAAGCACAUUUUCAUACACUAUGUAUAUUUUUUAUAAAAAUAUUUUUAACUGUCCAAUUUAAUUAAAAUUAUUAGGAUUUAAUUAAAAUGCAUUACUUGUAUUAAUUUAAUCGGUUUAAGUUUAUAUAUACGGGGUGAC